GUUUAUUUUCAGCUGUCUUUUCUUUUUUCUCAAAAUUAGCGUAAAAAAGAGAGAAGGGAGGCUCCAAUUCUCACACUAAGUGUCACUCACUACUGCAUGCACUGAAGAAGCAGGCAGUGUUGUCCUUUUUGUAGCUACUCUAAAACCCUUCACAUUUUUGUCCUCUUUCUCUCUUCAAGAAUUUGCUGAAAAGGAGGACAAAACAAGAAACACAAGUGUGCUGCAGUGUAGAAAGACAUGGAGGAAAGUCCGUCAUCCAAAGUACCGGAUGGGAUUGUUUCACGUAUCAAAUUUGGUUUGGCUACACCACAGGAAAUAUGUAAAUCCUCUAUUAGCGAUUGUCCCAUUACCCAUCCAAGCCUACUUUUAAAUCCUUUCCUUGGUCUGCCUCUCGAAGCUGGCAGAUGUGAAUCCUGUGGUACUGCAGAGCCUGGCAAAUGUGAAGGUCAUUUUGGAUACAUUGAGUUGCCCAUUCCUAUUUAUCACCCUGACCAUGUCAGUGAGUUGAAAAAGAUGCUAAGCCUGCUUUGCUUGAAGUGUUUAAAGAUGAAAAACAGAAAGUUUCAGGUCAAGCAUGCUGGUGUUCUUGAACGAAUGUUGUCCUCAUGUUGUGAGGAUGUCUCACAAAUCUCAAUAUAUGAGGGUAAAACCUCAGAUGGUGCUUCCUAUUUAGAGCUGAAAGUGCCAAAAAAUGCUGCAAAGCUUCCAGAGUGGAACUUCUUGGAGAAAUAUGGCUAUCGCUACGGUGACGGUUAUUCUCGACCGUUGCUUCCUUCUGAGGUACUUACAAUCCUGAGAAGAAUUCGUGAAGAUACGAGGAAAAAGCUAUCAGCCAAAGGCUAUUUCCCACAGGAUGGAUACAUCCUGCAAUACUUACCAGUACCUCCCAACUGUUUGUCUGUGCCUGAUAUAUCAGAUGGGAAUAACAUCAUGUCUUCGGAUCACUCUAUAACAAUGCUCAGGAAGGUGCUGAGGCAGAUUGACAUAAUUAAAAGUUCAAGAUCCGGUACACCUAAUUUUGAGGCUCAUGAAGUGGAAGCAAAUGAUUUACAAGCAGCAGUUGUCCAGUAUCUCCAAUUUAGGGGGACAGGCAAGGCAUCCCGUGACGUUGAUAAACGUUUUGGGAUAAAGAAGGAAGCAGUUGGUACCACCACUAAAGCCUGGUUAGAGAAGAUGAAGACAUUGUUUAUCAGAAAGGGGUCUGGUUUCUCAUCUCGAAGUGUCAUAACUGGUGACUCAUACAAAGGGGUGGGUGAGAUUGGUUUGCCAUGUGAAAUUGCUCAGAAAAUUACUUUUGAGGAGAGAGUAAGUCAGCACAAUAUGUCAUACUUACAGAAAUUGGUAGAUGAAAAGCUUUGUUUAACCUAUAAAGACGGGUCAAGUACCUAUUCUUUAAGAGAAGGGUCAAAGGGGCAUACAUUUCUACGACCUGGGCAAAUAGUGCACAGGAGGAUCAUGGAUGGUGAUAUCGUAUUCAUCAACAGGCCACCCACAACACAUAAGCACUCCCUCCAAGCCUUAUCAGUGUAUGUCCAUGAUGAUCACACUGUGAAGAUCAACCCCUUCAUGUGCGGUCCCCUUAGUGCUGAUUUUGAUGGGGACUGCAUUCAUUUGUUUUACCCUCAGUCACUUUCUGCCAAAGCUGAGGUUGUGGAGCUUUUCUCUGUAGGGAAACAGUUACUUAGUUCUCACACUGGUAACUUCAAUUUGCAGCUUGCCACUGACUCAUUGCUGUCAUUGAAGUUGAUGUUCUCAACUUAUUUUUACCAUAGAGCAGCCGCCCAACAGUUAGCAAUGUUUCUUCAGAUGGGUUUACCUGACCCUGCUCUAGUAGAUGUUCGUAGAUCUGGUACCAUUUGGACCGCCUUGCAGAUCUUGGGGACUGCUUUACCUGAUGGCUUCGAUAGUUGUGGGGAGACACACACAAUCGGGAAAAGCCAGUUCUUGGGAAUUGAGUACAACAGGGACUCGAUUUCAUCAAUUAUUAAUGAUGUUAUCACAUCUGUCUAUUUUAUGAAGGGUCCAAAUGAUGUCUUGAAGUUCUUCAAUUCCUUACAGCCUCUGUUAAUGGAAAAUUUGUGCUCAGAAGGUUUUAGUAUCAGUCUCCGGGAUUUCUACAUGUCAAAGGCUGUAAGGGAUGGUAUUCAGGAAAGAAUCCAGUGCAUGUCCAAGUUGCUUCACCAUUUGCGGGCAUCCUAUAAUGAGUCUGUAGAAGUACAAUUGGAGCAUCACUUGCGUAAUGAGAAACUUCCGGUUAUGGACUUUGUGCUCAAGUCGUCUGGCAUGGGAGUUCUGAUUGAUUCCAAGAGUGAGUCUUCCCUUAAUAAGGUGGUGCAACAAAUUGGUUUCUUAGGCUUGCAAAUAUCAGACAGAGGCAAGUUUUACUCAAAGACACUGGUGAAUGACAUGGCUCGACUGUUUCAGAGGAAGUAUCCUUCUGUUGCUACUAACCCUUCCGAGGAAUUUGGGUUGGUUAGAAGCUGUCUGUUCUACGGGUUGGACCCUUACCAGGAGAUGACUCAUUCGAUCUCCAGUAGAGAAGUGAUUGUCCGCUCAUCAAGGGGAUUAACCGAACCUGGGACAUUGUUCAAGAAUCUGAUGGCCAUUCUCCGCGAUGUAGUAAUUUGUUAUGACGGGACAGUUAGGAAUGUUUCCAGCAACUCAAUUAUUCAGUUUGAGUAUGGGGCUAGCGAUGGGUCAAAUUUCCCAAGUGAAUUUUGUGCUGGUGAUCCUGUUGGAGUGUUGGCUGCAACUGCUAUGUCCAAUCCUGCAUACAAGGCAGUUCUUGAUUCAUCUCCAAGCAGCAAUUCCUCCUGGGAGAUGAUGAAGGAGAUACUGCUUUGUGGAGUGAGCUUCAAGAAUGAUGUUUCUGACCGUCGAGUAAUCCUUUAUCUGAAUGAUUGUGGAUGCCGUAGAGGGUACUGCAAAGAAAAAGCGGCGUACCUCGUCAAAAAUCAUUUGAGUAAAGUAUGUCUUAAGGAUGCUGCUGACGAGUUCUUGAUAGAAUACGGUGGCCAACAAGCCGGAUAUGAGAAUUCUGAAACAGGGACAGGUCUCAUUGGUCAUAUCCGUCUCAACCAGGGACAACUGGAAAAUUUGGGAAUCGGUGUUCUUGAGGUUCUUGAAAGAUGCCAAGUAAAUAUCAGUUCAUUCCAGAGGAGAAAAAAAAUUGGCAAUCUUUUCAAGAGAAUAGUUUUGUCAGUGAGUGAAUUUUGUUCGUUUUGCCACAAUUCCGGAAGUAAGUGUUUGGACACGCCAUGCUUGAGGUUCUCUUGGCCAGAUGCGAGUGACGAUCACUUAGAGAGGGUUUCUCAUAUUCUUGCUGAUAUGAUAUGCCCAAUUUUGUUGGAUACAGUUAUCAAAGGUGAUCCAAGGGUUUCAAGUGCAAGUAUAGCUUGGAUUUCUCCUGACACAAUGUCUUGGAUUAGGAGCCCUUCCAAGAGUCAAAGAGGUGAAUUAGCUUUGGAUAUUGUUCUAGAGAGAGAAGCUGUUAAGCAAAGGGGAGAUGCUUGGAGGAUUCUCAUGGAUUCCUGUCUUCCUGUCAUCCAUCUGAUCGACACUACGCGCUCCAUCCCAUAUGCAAUUAAGCAAGUCCAAGAACUUAUUGGAAUUUCUUGUGCCUUUGAGCAAGCUGUUAAGCGCCUAUCAACGUCAGUUACAAUGGUCACAAAGGGUGUUCUCAAAGACCACCUAGUUCUAUUGGCUAAUAGCAUGACAUGCGCAGGAAAUCUGGUUGGUUUCAAUGCUGGUGGAAUAAAAGCAUUAUCUCGGUCAUUAAAUGUGCAGAUACCAUUUACAGAAGCAACGCUAUUUACCCCAAGAAAAUGCUUUGAGAGGGCUGCUGAAAAGUGCCAUGUCGAUUCUUUGACAAGCAUCGUGGCUUCUUGCUCCUGGGGAAAGCAUGUGGCAGUUGGUACAGGAUCUCGAUUUGAAGUUCUCUUGAACACAAAAAAUGUUGAAUGGAAUAUACCAGAUGCACAUGAUGUUUAUAGCUUCCUACACUUGGUGAGGAGCAGCUCUCCUCAAGAAGUUGAAGGUACCAGUUGUCUUGGUGCAGAAGUUGAUGAGCUGGAGGAAGACGAAGAUAUGGGAUUAUACUUGUCUCCCGAUCGGGACUCUGGUGCUGAUAUGCCCACUUUUGAAGAUAGAGCUGAAUUUGAUGAUACUGAAAACUUAGAUGAAGGAAAGCUGACUGGCUCUGCAUGGGACAAGGCAUCGUCUGAGAAAUCUGGUGGUUGCUGGGAUAUGGCUGGCAAAAGCCAAAAUGGCGCUGAAAAGGGUGUCAAUCAGUCAGAUUCCUGGUCUGCUUGGGGCAAAAAGGUUGAUGAAGCUGUGAGUGAUCCUCAUCAAUCUGGGAAUGGGGAGCAGCUAGGAUCAUGGUCUGCCUGGGGGGAAAAGUCCAAGGAAGCUGACAGUAAUCCUCAGCAAUCUGGGGUUGGAGAGCAGUCAGCAUGGGGAAAAAAAUCGGACAGAGAUGGUGGUUCAUCCUGGGGGCAGAAGGUUGAUAAAGAUGGUGGUUCUUGGGGGAAAAAGGUUGAAAUCGAGAAUACCCCUCAGCUAUCUGGGAAAGAAGACUCUGGAUCCUGGUCCUCAUGGAAAAAACCGGUGGACAAAGAUGGUGGUUCUUCCUGGGGGCAGCAGGUUGAGAAAGAUGGUGGUUCUUGGGGUAAAAAGGUUGAAACCGAGAAUACCCCUCAGCUAUCUGGGAAAGAAGUCUCUGGAUCGUGGUCCUCACGGGCAAAACCGGUGGAAAAAGAGGGUGGUUCUUCCUGGGGGCAAAAGGUUGAGAAGGAUGGUGGUUCUUGGGGGAAAAAGUUUGAAAACGAGGAUACCCCUCAACUAUCUGGGAAAGAAGACUCUGGAUCGUGGUCCUCACGGGCAAAACCGGUGGAAAAAGAUGUCGGUUCUUCCUGGGGGCAAAAGGUUGAGAAGGAUGGUGGUUCUUGGGGGAAAAGGUUUGAAAACGAGAAUACCCGUCAACGAGCUGGGAAAGAAGAGCAGUCUGGAUCGCGGUCCUCAUGGGCAAAACAGGGGGAAAAAGAUGGUGGUUCUUCCUGGGGGCAAAAGGUAGAUAAAGAUGGUGGUUCUUGGGGGAAAAAGGUUGAAACCGAGAAUACCCCUCAACUAUCUGGGAAAGAAGACUCUGGAUCGUGGUCCUCAUGGACAAAACCGGUGGACAAAGAUGGUGGUUCUUCCUGGGGGCAGCAGGUUGGUAAAAAUGGUGGUUCUUGGGAUAAAAAGGUUGAAACUGAGAAUAUCCCUCAACUAUCUGGGAAAGAAGACUCUGGAUCAUGGUCCUCAUGGGCGAAACCAGUGGAAAAAGAUGGUGAGUCUUCUUGGGGGAAAAAGGUUGAUGAACCUGAGAAUAACCCCAACCAGUCUGGGAAUGGAGAGCAGUCAGGAUCCUGGUCCUCAUGGGGGAAGAAGGUGGAAAAAGAUGGUUCUUGGGAUAGGCCUAAACAAUCAAAUUCCGAGUCGUCUUGGGGAAAAGAUACUAAAGGUGGUGGAUUGGGUUCAGCGACUGCUCAAGGAAAUGAUUGGAGCUCUAGUAUAAGUGGAGAUGGGCAGUUAAAUAAAUCAACACGUGAUGACUCUACAAACAUUGGUGGUUGGAAUUCUUCAACUGUUGGUGGUUGGAAUUCUCAAAAGGUUGGUGUUGAAGAGAGUGAUAAGCAACCUCAAUGGGGUCAGCGCAGACGUAAUCCGAGAGGAGAUUUUAAGGAAAACUCACGAGGUUGGGGCUCCGCUAGUGGUGGAGAUUGGAAGAGCAAUCGGCCUGCAAGAUUAGCUGAUGACUUCAAUAGAGGUGGAAAUUUUACAGCAACAAGGCAAAGGAUGGAUAUUUUCACAGCAGAGGAACAAGAAAUACUUUCAGAUGUUGAUCCUAUUAUGCUGAAAAUCAGAAAGAUAAUGCAUGGGACAGGGUAUAAUGAUGGUGACCCAUUAUCUGCUGAUGACCAGUCAUAUGUUAUUGACACUGUUCUCAAUUACCAUCCGGAUAAAGCUGUCAAGAUGGGAGCUGGUCUUGAUUAUAUCAUGGUUAGCAAACAUACUGACUUCCAGGAUACCAGAUGCUUCUAUGUUGUCUCUACUGAUGGUGCCAAGCAAGAUUUCUCCACCCGGAAAUGUCUGGAGAACUACAUCAGAUCAAAAUAUCCUGAUAAGGCUGAGACUUUCAAUGGCAAGUACUUCAAGAAGCCUCAACCUCGCAUCCCUAAAGUUGCUUCUCCAUCACCAUCAAUCCCUAAAGUUGCUUCUCCAUCACCUUCAGUUGGUUGAUCUUCUCUUUGUUUGGAUAGUUGUACAGUUAACUUGGUUGCCUUGUGUAACAGAUGGUAAAACAAUCAGCUAAAUGAAAUGUGCAUGUUGACAAAUUGGCAGUUAGAAUGUUCUUGUGUAUAUAGUUUAGUCCCUAACUUAAGAAUUUUCAAUGAAGUCCCUUUGAAGGUUGUUUGGUUACAGAGGCUGUUCGCCUAGGACCUCUGCAAACCAGCAGUACUGGCGUUGAUGAAUGAUUGAAAGCUUAAUCUUUUUCUAUAUUUUGUUAUCUCCA